UAGGGUUUUCAAUAAAAACCUAAUUUAGGUCAUCACAUAUGUUGGGUUUUCUUCAUUCUUCUUCUCACCUCCAAAACCCCAUCAACGGUCACAUAGAAACAAAGCAAAGGUACUUCUGGGUUGUUAAUGGCGGCUUCUCACCAUUAAAACGACCCCGUUUUUGUAAGAGCUAACACCCAGAAUCCUCUGCUACGUGGGUUUACUGUAAGGGUUGAUUUCUUGAUCUUAAAGAUUGAAACUUUGACGGUUGAAAAUGGAUGUUGGGGUACUUGAUGAAAUCAUACGGCGGUUACUUGAUGCUAAGAAUGGAAGAACUGUGAAACAGGUUCAUCUUCCUGAGUCUGAGAUUCGACAGCUUUGUGUUGCUUCUAAAGAGAUUUUUCUUAGUCAACCUAAUCUUCUUGAACUUGAAGCUCCAAUCAAGAUUUGCGGAGAUAUUCAUGGUCAGUUUUCUGAUCUGCUUCGUUUGUUUGAAUACGGGGGCUUACCACCUGAGGCAAAUUAUUUAUUUUUGGGAGAUUAUGUAGACCGUGGUAAGCAGAGCAUAGAGACCAUUUGCCUUCUUCUCGCAUACAAAAUAAAAUAUAAAGAGAACUUCUUUCUUCUUAGGGGAAAUCACGAAUGUGCUUCAAUAAAUCGCAUAUAUGGGUUUUAUGAUGAGUGCAAGAGAAGGUAUAAUGUUCGCCUUUGGAAAGCGUUCACAGACUGUUUUAAUUGUCUGCCUGUUGCUGCACUUGUGGAUGAAAAAAUCCUUUGCAUGCAUGGAGGAUUAUCACCUGAUUUAAAAAAUCUAGAUCAGAUCAGAAAUUUAGCUCGGCCUGCAGAUGUCCCAGAUCAGGGCCUUCUUUGUGAUUUGUUGUGGGCUGACCCUGAGAAAGAACUUGAUGGCUGGGGAGAGAAUGAUAGGGGUGUCUCAUACACUUUUGGAGCGGACACAGUCUCAGAAUUUCUUCAGAAGCAUGACAUCGAUCUAGUAUGCAGAGCACAUCAGGUUGUGGAAGAUGGUUAUGAAUUUUUCGCCAAUCGCCAGCUUGUGACCAUAUUCUCCGCACCAAAUUACUGUGGGGAGUUUGAUAAUGCGGGAGCCAUGAUGAGUGUGGAUGAUUCCCUGACUUGUUCGUUUCAGAUCCUCAAAGCUUGUGAAAAGAAAGGAAAAAUGGACUUUAAUAACCAUAUGUUGAGACCUGGGACUCCACCGCGAAAGGGAGGGAAAGGUUAACAGGUUCAUUAUAUUCUGCUAGAAGCGUCCCUGUCAACUCAAAAUCUGCCAAAUUACACAAGCGAUGCAAUUGUCAACUGUAAGAGAGGCGACUUUUUCAGGAUCAUGUGUUUAGUCGAGCAAUAUUUGACCAUAUUUUGUUGUAAUAGCUAGUAACUAAUGUUAGAUCCCCCCUCCCCCUAUUUAAUCUCCCCUUAUGGCUCAGGAGUUUUAAUUCUGGAAGAUAGCAGAAAUGGGCAAGCCAAAAUUGAUGUUCAGAUACUUGACAGUUGACACCAGUGGUGAUUUCACUUGCUGCAAAUUUAGUACUCCAUAUUUUAUUUUUGAAAACAGUGAUUAACCUGAAUUUGAAUUUCCUUUCA